AUGUCGAGAUUUGGAGGUCGGUUCGUACCCAACAUUGAGCAAGAGGUACGCCGACAGGCGACUGAGCCUAUUGUCAAGUGGCGUCAAGAACGAGUCGUACCUACAGGCACAGCCCUGGAUGUCGCAUCUUCUGCCUCGGGCUCAGCCGGCGUUGGCAUCAAGAUCCUUAAAUGGGUUCGUGUUCCAGACGAAUUCGUAACUUUCCCAGAGGAGCAGGACGUUCUGGCGGAGGAUCGAGUAGAAGAUGAUGCAGCGAUUGUAGAAGCACCUGUUCAGAGCAUUCACAACGCGCCGGCUGUAGCAACGCCUGCCGGCGGUGGAUCUCUGUCGAGUGCAGGCGGUGGUUUGGGCACUAUUGCUCCAAGAGAACCACCAUCGACACCUGCUCCCGCACUAGCACCAGUAACAGCAGCCAGCAAUGUCGCUCCGGCUUCUGCUAUUCCGGCUCAUGUCACACAAUCUACCAUCUCAGAACCAACAUCAGGCGUCAACACUACCGGGGAAAAUACUCCCAGCGACUCUCUUGCCCACACACCUGCCGCCUCCGCACCGGAAAUGGCUUCUCAGACCGUACCUCUCAGUCAAGCGCCGUCGUCCCAAGGCGAACCAGCCACUGCGACGGCUACAGGCUCAAACACACCUCAGAUUCAACCGCAGGUCGAAUCGCAGUUGCACGACAAACCAGUGCUUGGCCAAGAAACGGACAAUGCUACCUUGGCAGUGCUGGCAGCUGGGGCAGAAGCCGAACAGCAACCAGCAGCGGAGGAAGAGAAGCUCUUGUUGACGAAUCCAAACGCUGCCGCUACCGCUACUGCUACCACGUUCGAAGACGAGCAUCCAGUCGCAGCCGCGCCAGCGGGAGCCGACGUUGAGAUGAAAGAUGCUUGA